AUGAUGUACAGCCCACUGACAUUUGUGCUGUUUGUUGCCCUGACCUUUCAAAGCACUGGUAAGCAUAAGUGACUUUUCAAUGAAUUUGCUUAUCAAUCAUUUAAAGUGCAAUGUAACGUGAUCAAUUAAUGAAUCAUCAAAUCAUGCGCUGUGAUUGGUUUAGGAUUUCUUCUGUUCCCGCUAAAAUAACAAGUGAAUUUUCCCUCUCUCUCUCUCGACGGAUAUGACAAACUCAGGCGGAAAACUGAUGUACCUUUUUAGCGAGGGCAGAUUAAAACAAUGAUCAAUUAACUUGUUGACCUGUAAAUUUAGUAAAACUCACAAGAUGGUAAGGUUCAAUGUUAGAAAAUAUUCCCAAUUUGAUCUAAAUCGAUUUUAUUUGCUAUUUUAUUUGUUAUUUAUUUACGAAAAAAUGACAUGUUACAUCCUGAAUGUAAAUGUUACGUGGCUCUUUUGAUUUGCAGUCGCAAUAGAAUAUUCGCGGAUUGGUUGCUACAGGGAUACUCUGGUAAAGCCAAGACCUCUUCCAGAGCUGAUAGAAAACUUCCGAGGUGGUCGGGUAGACUGGAAUAAUUUGAACAAUACCAUAGCUGCUUGUGCUGAAGCAGCCAAGAAAAAGGGAUAUCUUUACUUUGGACUUCAAUUCUACGGCGAGUGUUGGAGUGGCCCACAGGCUCAAUUGACCUAUGCUAGAGAUGGUCCUUCCAAGAAUUGUAGCAAAGGUGUUGGAGAAGAGCGAGCAAAUUUCGUGUACAAGAUUAAGCUUUUAGAGAAAGGUGAGCGACUAAGUAAAGAAAUACAUUAGAAUUUCCCCAUUUAAAUCUUACAAAGAAUUUACGAAAUGGUGAUCAUUGUGAAAGGAAAACAAGUUCAAGAGGAUAGAAUAUUCAAGAUUUCCGAUCCCAAUGAUGGUGGCCAAUAACUAACUAGACUAAUGGUCAGUAGUUUGUAUAUUUAAAAAAAGUUAUUACCACGGCAUGCUGCACGAGACCGGCCAUAACCAAAGAGAAAACAGACAAGAAAGCAAAAGAAAAUAAAACAACAGCAAAAAGAAUAACAACAACACACAAAAAUAAUAUGAAGAAGACAAAGAAAAAAGCGAUGUUGAAAAUAAAAUAGAAAUGCAAAAAUUAUAGCAAAGAUAAUCACUUACAGUUGCUCUUAAGAAUAACUAUCUAAUGUAUUUUUUCCACAGAAAAUGAAUGCACCACUUAUCGUGUUCUGGACUCAGCAGACAGGUCAAAGACAAACGUCAACACUGUCUCCCAAGGAGACAAGUGCGACCAUUGGAACUCUGGGUUCGUAAGAAAUGCCUGGUACAGGUUCACCGGCGCGGCUGGGCAAACCAUGGCGGAUGAGUGUGUGCAGGCAGGCAGUUGCCAGACCACAAUGGCUGGAUGGAUGAAUGGAACACAUCCCAAGGUUUGUUGUGACGUUAAGCCCAAAGGCGUGUAGCUUUGAUGUUUAUGGAUAUUAUAAAAAGGUAUUAGAGUGGACCUUUAUCUUGUUUGGCAUUCGUAAUCCUGGGCUGAUACAACUCUUACCUUUAUCACAUUUAGAAAGGGCUGUCACUUCCCUGACAUUUCUAUCUAAAUAUUUUAAUGAAACCUCUCAUUGGAAAUACGUUCGCAAGACAUAACCAAAAUCGGGCCCUUUUCGAAUUGCACCCAUUCUCCCCUUCUAUCUCAUUGUUCCUAAGGAGGAUUUUCAUUGCGAAUGUCUGAAGUGUUGCUGAUUUUUUGUUUUUAAUUUAGGUUUUUGAUGGAAUUCAAAGAAGAACAGCUUGUUUUAGCUCGGAAAGUAAUCCUUAUAAACGCCAGAAUAAUAAUUGUUGUAAACGCCAGAUUUAUAUUCACGUCAGAAACUGUGGUGAAUUUUAUGUCUACAAGCUUCCAAGCACACCUGGCUGUUAUCUUCGAUACUGUGGGAGCGGUAAGCAUUUAGACAUCAUCUACACAUAAAUAUUGAUUUCAAUUAAGGUUAAGUUAAGGUUGUUGUUAAAUCAGCUCGUUUGUACGAUCAGUAAUAGGAUUUGGGAAGCAAAUAAUUUUCUGUUUUGUAAAUGUUGAUAUUAACUGGUUCAUUCAUAAAUUCGUUCGUUCGUUUGAUAAUGUAUUUUUCAUUAUUUAUUUAUGCAUUUACCCCUUAUCUAUCUGCCUUAUUGUAUAUUCACUUAAAUAUCUAUUAUUUCUUGCAGGUGUCAGCCAGAACAAGAAUGCGUGAUUGAUUGGAGUGACAUUAAAUGGUUGUGCCUUGCAAAAAAAAUUUUUUUGGUAAAGCUUUGGAAGAUUAAAUAACAAUUUAUACUGCAUCACUUUGAAUUGACAAAGAAACAAGCUGGCCGAACAUUAACAGCGAAAAAACUUAAAAAAUUAAAAGAGACUUGGUCAGUAUCUCUGUGGCGAAUGAAUUAUUUUUUGUUGUUGUUAUUUACUAGUCUUAGAAGACUUCAAAAGCUAAAUGUGUUGUGAAAUGAUUUACCGAGAGGAUUUAGAGCAUUCAUUUUUAAGUUAUAGCUAUGAUUCGACAUAAAGAGGAAAAGAAAAUUGUAAUGUUUUAGGUAUUACUUAAUUUAUAUUUUGACGAAAUAAACAAUGUAAAAAUAUAAUUGCCUAAAUUUCACUUUGCAUUCUCACAGUAGCUAUAGUCAUUUAAAAAAAAAAUUUUGAUCUUUGUCGUUUGUCAAUAAAUUCCAGUUAAUGAUUAAACAUGCAAGUUGAUUAUUCAUCUUAGUUAAACCCCAUACAAAUGGCCCCUCUUUUAAAGUCUUCCUAGGGAAAAUGCUCAAAUGCGCCCACAACGUUGAACCCUGUCUUUAGGUUUCCAUGUCGCUAUUCCUAAAUUUCACUUUGCAUUCUCACAGUAGCUAUAGUCAUUUAAAUUUUUCGCCUUUUUUCGCAAGUCGGUAAACCCCAUACAGGCCCUCUUAUCUUAGGGAGCUCAAAUGCGCUAUUGCUCUGUCUGGUAAUGUUAUCUUUAAGGAGUCACUCAGGGAACUGAGCCUUAGCGAGACGACCAAUUUCUUCGGCUGAUCGACGAAAAAAAUUGUGUCUCGGAAAUGCAAUAUUUAAUGUAAUAUUUUCGUUUUAUAUCAGCUCCAAAACUCCAAUUCUGAGCUUCUCUAUCGUCAUUUAACAGACUUUUGUUUAGAUUCCAAGGUUUCCUAAAAUCAGUCUUAUUUUUAGUGUCAAUAUCUUUGAGGUGAAAUGUUUUAACAAUCCUCAUUAUUCGAGUCACUGUUUUUCGCUUGCCUAAAUAAAUUCCAAUUACUUUCAGCUUGCCUUUUUCUAGUUGAAAUUCAGUGCUUUGCCAUUUUAGCCGAGAAUUUUAUUCUCUUCUCUUUGACAAGGAGGUACUCAUCUUUAAUGCCAUAGAAGAUGUUAUACCAGGCGUCGACCGUGUCAGUAGUGUCCUCGAACGCAAAGCGCACAAUCCCAGGAUACCUUGUCCAACGAUGAAACAAAUUGCUUAUUGUUAAGACUCCUUAAAUCUCGACAGGUUAUUGUUGUAAGUUGAUCUUCAUUGCUCCUUGCGCAUUUAAAUCUCCUGGUAACAAUGUUACAAUAAUUGGAAGGUAUCGGAUAUCCCAGAGGACAUAAACUUUACAUUGUGAAGUCACUCCGGGUGACUGCACCGUAUGUGAUCAAGACAGCAAUUUUGCGUGACACGGGCCUGGUAAUUUCAUGGACGGGUUAAAUUAGUCGUUUUCGUACUCUUUCCGGAUCUUAGCAGGACGUUUUGACAAUUGUUAUUUCCCGAGUUAUCUAUUUUAGUGUAAUGCCCAAUUACAAAUCGUUGGUAAUAAGAGGGCAUCCUAGAAUAAUUUUGAACGCCGGAUACAUGAGACGUACACGGAAAUUACCUUUACAAACAUGCAAUUUUUGCAUUUAAUUUGAAAAGUUCUUGAAAGGCUCCAUAAAAAACGGAGGUAGCUUACCUUUUAGAGCAUGUGCCAAUGUCUUUACCCAGCCUGUCAUAUGACAUUCACACGUAACCAGUCAAUAUUUUCUGUUUUUACAAUUUAAAUCAGCCUCGCUGAGAAUUUGACUUCACUUUUUUUAGUCGUCGAAGAAAGGUGGCUCACCCAUGUGAUUCCGAGUAAUUGUUUCUAUCAUUCUCAUUUAUUUCCCCUUUCAACUAACUUGGGUAAUUACACAAGGAGCAUCGACAUUAUCUUUUUCAGUUUUGUACGUUCUGAACAUGGUUUUCAAGACUAUCGUUUGCAUUCUGCUUGCGAGUCAAGUAUUCAGCAUCGGUAGGUCUCUUCCUAUAUUUAUUCCAUUGUUUGAGGAUGCUCUUCUUAAAUAUUUCCAAAUGUUUUAGCCGGUAACCGAUUUUUUAUUUGUUCUGCUCGUUGCAUACUCCAUGGUUUUUUUUUCUGUGUUCUCUAAUCGAGAAUUUCGAGUUUUCGGGUAGAUUUUUCAUUCGAUAAGAAAAGAAUUGACAACUAGCUGCUUCAUGGUGGAGCCUAUUUAUUAAUUUUUUUUUGUUUCAGGUUAUUUUAUCUCUCCUCUCUAAAGUUCUCCUUGAUGAUAGUCCGCUAUUUUCUCUGUCAAUUUUCCAUUCCCUCAAUAUUCCAAAGAGUUUUUGACCAAACAAAACGAGUUUCUCACCACACUUAUUGGAUAUUUCAUAGUACCUUGGCUUAUUACUUCUCCUCUUUGCUUGUGCUAUUUUUUCGUUUAAUUUGCGUCUGAUUCUUCUUAGUUGUUUUUAAUUUUUUUCGUUUUGUAUCUUUUUUUACAAUUCUUUAUUUUUACUAAUCCCAGCAUGUUUCGGGAUCUUUUGCUCUAAAAUCACUCAUGGUCAUGUAGAAAAGUCACUCCUAAAUGAAAUAACUUACAAUUUGUGGGUCAUUUCUUGUUUACAGACGUCAUAGACUACGUACCCGUCGGAUGUUACAAGGACAUACGCUUAAAUAGAGCCUUGCCUACUUUGCUCGCAAACUACCGCGUGAAAAACGCAAAAUGGUCAGAUAUCUUGGACUGGACUGAUUUGGAAAACUCUGUCAUUAAAAAAUGCGCCACUAAGGUUUGCCUGAUUAUUAUUGUUGACAUUGUUGUCGUUGUUGAUGUUUUUCAUAAUAGUUGCAAAGAAAAAAAAAUGGCGAAGGUACUUGCACAGACAUCUCUCUUAAUUCACCACGGUACUUACGGUCGUCUCGGUAACUUUAUUUUCUUUCUACGCAUACAGCUCUGUAAGAAGCCUGUUACACUGAACUGACGUUUUUCAAAGUUUUAUACGAGAAAUAUGACGAGCAUUUUUUGUCCUAUUCAGGCUAAAGAGAGGGGCUAUUCAUUUUUCGGGAUCCAAUUCUAUGGAGAGUGUUGGAGUGGAUCAGCAAGUCAAAGUACCUAUGCUAAACACGGUUUAUCCAAGAGAUGCACCACGGCGGCUCCAUAUGUGGGAAAGGAUCACGCCAACUUCGUUUACAUGCUUACUGAAGGUUAGCACUUACUAGGAAAGAUUUACAUUGAUGCUUGUUGUACUUGUGUACAUCUGUAAGCGACUAAUUGAUUACUGGAACUGAUUCUCCUCCUAUUUCGGUUAAUCAACAUGUGGCGGGUGGAUUAAAGACUCCAUUGUACCCAGCCGUUACGCGGAAGGCACGUGCUUUAGUCAAGUCAAAGCCUUGUUUCCUUAUUUUCAUUAACUUUUUUUGUUAUUCUUGUUGCUUUCAAAGAACUGUUUGUUCUGUUUUUUACUUAUAAAGGUCGAUUUGUCUUCUUGAUCUUUUAAUACUGUGCCGAGUUGGACCCAAACGACCUCUUGCUCAAGACCUCGAUAGUUAAAAAUUUUGUUUUCAUGGGUUUGAUUUUGUGCGUGAAGUAUUAUUGCGCGAAAUAUUAUUAAACAACAUCAUAGUAAGAGUCACAGACAACGGGCGAAAGAAAAAGCAGACGAAGAAAAUAGAUUACAGGUAGGUACGCGUGCGGUCUAGCACAAUUGUCAUCGCAAUGUGGUACGGUUUGGAUACUAAAGCGUCCUUACGCGAUUUUGUAACAGUAUACCAAUAUUUUCUCUGUUGUGUAUACUUCAUGCAAAUUCUGCUGUUGUUCUUAUUCAGAAAAUGAAUGUAAAAGCUACAAAAUUUUUGACGACGCCUCCAGAUCUCAGUUUCAUGUAACUAACUAUGGACGCCCGAUUAGAUGCGACAAUGGACAGUUGGAUGAAAACCGCUGGUAUAGAUUUACUGGCCGAGCAGGUAGUGCCAUGGCAGACCAAUGUGUCCCAUCCAGCAGGUGUCAGACGUUUGGUACAGGAUGGUACAGCGGAUCUUAUCCUCAGGUAAAUCUUCAGUUUAAAUUUGGAUUAUCUCUUUGUUUCAUAUUGGCCCAUUAUUUUUCGUGACCAUCUGUAUAAUGAGGGAGUGGCUUGUUUACUCAAAGUAAAAUGUCAACACAUGGGAAAUGGUCAGGUAGCAGUGGUAACUAUAUUAUCCACUACCACUCAUUAGUCAAAAGUAGUCAAUUUCGCUUAGGGCAUUCUUUUGAAGAGAAGAUCUCUUCACCUUAAGAUUAACAUUCAUUAACCAAAGCAUCUAUUCCACAUUUCAUGUUGAAAGUUAAUGAACUAACUUGUACUAACUCCAAACUUUGUAUCUCUGUCAGUCGUAUUCCUUGUUAAAACAAAUUCAAACCAAACCAAUGGAAUGAACACUAGGAAUGCCAUAUCAAUACGCAUUAACCAGUUUCCAUCUAUUUUCUUUCUGGUUUUUUUUUUUGUAAAUUGAAGGUUUCAGACGGAAUUCAAGAAGGAGAUGUUUGCUUCAAAUGGGAUGGCAAUUGCUGUAGCAAAAAAGUCAACAUUCGGAUUCGAAACUGUUCAUCUUUUUUCGUUUACAAGCUGAACAACAAGAUCAGCUGCCAGUAUGCAUAUUGCGGAAACGGGCAGUGAUUAGGAGAGGUCUUCAGUAAUGAAACGGGUAGUGAACUGACCCACUGUAUCAGCCAGUCAUUUUUAACAUUAUUAUCUGCUCAACACAGCUGAUAUCAAGAUAACAUAUUCAUUUAUAACAUUCUAUCAAGGUUUUAAAUUUCUGACCACCCUUUGCGUUAUCAAUGUCGCCUUUUAAAGCGAUAACACGUUCCCCUGACCUUGCAUAUAUCAUUUUCGUAUUUGUUUUUACUAUCUCCCUCUUCAUUCCUUGUUGUAUCCCGAAGGUCAAUCACAAUCACCUGUUACCUUCUUUAAUCACUUAUGUGUCCUUUCCGUCUUUCCGUGAUGCAGUACAAUUCACCUUCCAUUCCUCUUUUCCCUUCCCAAUUGCGUUUUACUUUUCAAAUCAAGGUGUGUUUUCCCGUGCCUUUCCUUUUAGUUCGCAGUUGAAGUUUCUUGAACGAGGGGAUAAGUUUGUAGAGAAACUGUGGGGUUGCAUCGCUGGAAGAGCAUAACAGGGUAAUUUAGUAUUAUCAAACGAGUUGAUAACGUAAAUUGGCCACUGUAAAAAGUUUCAAAGCUGACGUUAAGAGCGUUGGCCCUUUGUCAGAGCGAAGGCCAUUCGCUCUGACGUAUUGACUCUCGAAACGUCAGCAUUGAAACUUUUUAUGGUGGCCAAUUUACGUUAUCAACUUAGUUGAUAAUAUUAAAUUAUCCUGAAGUUUCUUGAGCUUUCUUUUGUGUUGCUUAGAUCAUUUUUUUUCCCAGUAUUCCUCAGUGCAAACUCCACUGAAAAUGUUUACAAUUUCCAUUGAUGGUCAUGGUCGUUUCUUCGUCCGACAGAGUAUUGUAUCAAUUUUUUUCUCGGUAAUUGCUUCAUUCACGGCUGAAAGAUAGCUUUCUAGAGUCGGAAUUGAAAAAAUUUCUGCCAAAAAAAUUGGCCGUUGGCCGAAAAAAAUUGACAAAUUUCAAUGAUUAGUCGCAAAAAAAGUUAACCAUAAAAAAAAAUUCUAGUGAUUACAAUGGAAAUAUAUCAACUGUUAGCCGUAGAUUGGCCAAAAUUUUUAACCGUAAGCCGUAAAAUCCUUAAACUCACUGGGACCCUCGUUUAAACAUAGCUACCCACUGUGGACAAACAUAUUCGUUUCAGAAUUAAGAAUAUUUACUCGUGAAUGCAUUGCAUUUUGACGAAGAAAUUUCGGCGUAUUGAGUGCUAGUCGCAAAGUGAAAAACCGAAUUUCCGUUCAGAUUAUUAAUGUUGAUUCUUCAGGUUAACAGACAUAGUUUGCUUACGAUGAGUAAAAACGUGUCCGGUUCAUCUGUGUCCGAUUUUAAUGUUUUUAAUAAAGUUUGUUUCCACAGCUGAGGCGGACUGUCUGUCAGAAUGGCUUUGUUAUUCACAUCCAACCACUCUGUGGCCACUCCUCUGUCAAAGAUUAUAUUAGCGAAAGAAAAGGAACAUAUCUCAAAAAUUCAUGUUCUAACGUAAAGAGUUAUCAAAACAAUAUUGAUGAUGAUGAUCAGCUAGGCUAAUAAUCACCGCGGUUUUGAGUUGUUAUUUUCAGUCCUCAGAACAAAUUUUUCAUUAUUCAGUCAAAUUUCUACCAUUUAAUUAAAUAAAAACGCUAUAAGGGUGACAUCGACAUGUGCCACUGAACAUUUGGAGUGCUUAGUCAACAGUAUGUUAUUAGCAGCUGUCGUGUUGACACUUUCAAGAUCUCUUUGUAAAACUAACUUCUUUCAAUGCUCUCUAGACAAUGUCAACUACCAAAAUACUGUGGCAAUGUAAACAAUAUUGUGUUGGCGGUUUUGUUUGUUGAUCAUGUUCGAGUUGAACAAAAUAAUAUCGGUUUGAAGGCGCAAAAAGGAUCAGACCUUGACAGAGCUUUGUUGCAGCCCAAAGAACAAUGGUCACGCCUCGGUUUCUUCUGUUGCAGUUCUUCCUUAGUUGUUUAAUAGCGGCAGAGGAGAAUGAGAAAAUUAAUUUAUUCCGGGAUGAAGAAGGUAAAGACUAUUGAUAGCACUGUGCGUAAAAGAAAAAAAUAAUAAUCUUCGAGAUAAAAAGCAUGCGCGCUUUCUUCAAGAAACUUUAGUUUAACCUUAGAAUUUUAAUCUUACGCAGCACGAUUCUGAUUCAUAAUAUAUACGUAAAUAGCCAAAGGACUUUAAACCCCAAGGACAGUCAAAAAGUUCAAUAUGGAGAGCUUUCCUUUGUUUCGAAAUAAUCUUUACUUGUAUGAAACUGGUCGUUGUAGAUGUUUUACUACGUGCUUACUAAAAACGACUCCUGUUUAAAUGCAGUUGACGAUCUGUUUUUGUUUUUACGCUAAACUCUCUUUCGUUUCUACAUUACCGAUAACUCUGUCCUGUGUGGCUAAUCAAUUUACGAAUUAUGCCUUUAAAAAUUAAUAAAUUGUCCAAUGCGAUCCAUCCACCCAAGUGACCAGCGUUAAACGCCAGAGAGAUGAACUAGUUUCAUAAAUCUAUGGCGCUCGUAAAUUUCUUUUCUAGUCAAGUUACAGUUCAGUGGCUAGCUUCAGUGGUUAGCUUUCUUUAAUGUAAUUUUUUUCUUUUUCUUUCAAAAAACAUUCCAACGAGGGUGUAUUCGGAAAAAUUAUCUGCCGGGGUUCUUCCAAACCGAAGUUAAUUUGGAUGGCAAUCAGAUUUUCAUUCAGUCGCUGUAUUUGUUCAAAAGAUUCAAUGCCUUUUCUUUUUUGCUUAUGUCAUAUUACAGGUUACAUGGUAUUUCUUUUCAAAUAUGAUAGGUUGGCAUGUUUUGAUAGCAAUAUGUAUUCAGCAGCUUCCCCGCGGUUGGCUGUUUUUCUUCUCUUUUGUUAUGACAUGUUAUCUAAAGUAAGAAAGCUAACUAAAGUAAUGAGUUUCGCCACGUAGUUAAGCUUGGCAUCGUGAAUAUUUUGCGAAACUUUUUUUUUCUCUAAUAAAGUUAACUCUGAUAGUAAAAGAGACAACCAAAGAUUGUUAAAUAAGGAUGGCUUGGGCUGGAAGGAAUUAAAAUGGAUUGAUAAUGAGGAUGAGGAAAUUUAAAAUACAGAUUGAGGAACCACACAAGGCAGACUAAAACUCCUUUGAUAUAUGUUGCAACUGGCGGAUCAUCUUGCUGAGGAAAUUUCAAUACCAAAUGUCACUGUAACUUAUAAAUAAACCAGUCAAACUGCGAGGCUUAUAAUGUGACAAAGAGCAUCGUUGAUAGACCAAUAUUUAUAUUAUUUAUACCUUUACUGGGGCCCGUUUCCUCAAAAGUCCCGGUAACGGGUCCAAAGCCGUAUUUUAAAAUCAAAAUUUUAAGAAUAGAGAAGCAUGUUCUGGCAAACGAACCAGUCCAUGUUGUUUUUCUAGCUGAUAGUUUCAUUGCAUAAUUUUCAAAAUUUUUGUGACCCUCAUCUUGAAUGAACACAGAACCACUUUACGAGCCCGUUAAGUUACCUGGGCCUUCGAGAAACGGACCCCUGGAACAACCAAUUUUUUUCAGGGGCGAUGCUAUAUCCAAAAAAAAUCAUUAGUUUCUUUGUUUGUUUAUAUGCGUAUUGUUUUUGUCUUGACAAUUUUGUUUUGUUUUCGAAUAUUCUAGACUUUCAUUACGAACCAAUUGGUUGUUUUGGGGACAAAUUGGACGUACCAAGGCCACUACCCCUUCUAGUCAGGAAUUAUCGCUCCAGGCCCUAUCGAGUUGAUUGGAAUAACAUUAAUAACACGAUACAAGCCUGUGCCAAAGAAGUAAAAAAGGCCGGCUAUGUGUACUUUGGUCUUCAGUUCUACGGUGAAUGCUGGAGUGGACCACAUGCACAUUUGACUUAUGACGAGGAUGGAAAGUCGACCCGAUGUGUAAAUGGUGUUGGAAAGCGAAUGGCUAAUUUUGUGUACCGGCUCGUUUUUAAAGGUGAUAGUUUUUGCCACAGCUGAUAGAGAGCAUUUAAUUUUGAUGAAGUGUCAUAGAACGUAACCCAAAGCGAUCACCGCGGCCAAUCCUAGACGUAAGGAUAAUCGGACAAGGAACGAAUAAAAUCCGAAAUUAAAGCGGAGAAAAUAGAUUUUUUGAAACGCAGCAAGACUCGACUGAAAAGGGAUUUUUAUCAAGUUAUUUCCUUAGCAUUGACUUAUCGAAGUGCUGUUGCUGUACGAGUUAGUUAUUUGCUCUCUUGCAAACUUUGUCUUUUUCCAGAAUGUAAAGAAUACCGAAUUCUCCAAGCACCAGACCGGUCGAUUCAUCACCCUUACACCCCUUCUGCUCCGUGCGAUUUCAAUCUCAAGCCUUCGUGGUAUCGAUUCGAAGGCCGUGCGGGCACGGCUAUGGCCAACAGUUGCCCCAGUAGGUUCAAAUGCGGGACUAUUGUACCUGGAUGGCUAAACGGGCCACUUCCUUCCGUUCAAGAUGGAAUUGUGUCUCGAAAAAUUUGCUUUAAUCAAGACAGAGACUGCUGUUUCACGUCCACCCAAGCUAAAGUUCGUAAUUGCGCAGGAUUUUACGUCUUCUAUCUUCGAUCGGCGCCAUAUUGUCAGUUGAGAUACUGUGGCAACGGAAGAAUAGUAAGUUACAACAUCGAUCAAUUUGUUUAUUGGUUUUCUUUUUCUUUCCUCGCGUUACUUUCUCUUUGAUUUCUUUUGAGUCCUUCUAUUUGUUUAUGUUUGUUGAGGUGUUUUGCCAAAUGUAGUUAUGGGCUAAACCGCAUAUUUACGCUUGCUUAGAGAACGUGUUUCAUGGGUGUUUGACAUUUUGUUCUGGCUUUCAAGAAAGAAACUCUAGUAGUUUAAGUAGUUCACGUGUCCUUUUUUUAAAUAGUCUCGCCGGUCAAAUGAGGUUCGAAUCCGAUAUCAUAUGUAAUUUGACAAGAAUCACAAUUGCGUUUUGGGAUUGAUACAAGGCUUUAAUGUAAUAUGGUGUUAUGAGAAACUUAAUUUCGAACCGUUUGAAAAUGUUUAGACUAAUAAUUUGUUUAUUUAUAUUCUUUUAGGGCUGACGAUUCCUGUAUAAUGAAUAGGACUCGCAUAGGAUGUGAUACUCAAAGAAGUAAAUUAUUGGCUUGGAAUUUUUGUUUUCAUUUUUUUCUUUUUUCAUUCAUUUAUUUAUUUAUCUUUUUUUUAGUGAAUUUCAUAAAACAGAAUAAAGUUGCUGUUGAAAUGGGACGGUUUAUCUCCAUACGAUGCAAGCACAAGUCCCCUCGCAAUAGCCCGUUUGCUACUAAACUAAUUGUUACGUCACUAUUUUGCUUCUCCUGUAAUCUAUUUACGAAUUCGCUUGGCUGAUUUGCAUUGUUUUCCCAUCAGUGCUGCCUCGCGGUCCCGGCGGAAGAUAAUGAAAAUACAGCUUGGUAAUCAAGGAAUUUCAUUAGAUAUGUGUAUAAGAACGUUCAGAAAUCUGCAAUCCUGCUCAUAAACCAACAAAAUAUUCGCAUCAAUGACAAUGUGACACCCUUUAAAAUAGCGACGUAGAGGAGAAUUCGGUUUUACCAUUAAAAAAAAAUUAAGGCUUGAAUUUUUCGAAAGCACAAUCAGAUGACAGAACAAUAUAAUUCGACAACGAUGUUUGAACGACCAUCAAAAAUACAUGGUUGCGGAAACGCUUUGAAGGACUGUUGUACACUUCUGAAAUAGACAAGUGGUACAGUCGUAAGUGUGAUAGCUACGCCGAUGAUAAGCACAUGAAAUAAGAGCAGAACGUAAAAAGUAGUACUCAUUUAAUCCAGCAAUAUUUUUGGAUUUAUUGAUAUUUCCUGAUAAAUGUACGUUUAUGAUACCUGUGCUUCAAAUAUAUGCAGUUUAUUUUUGGCGCAUCUUUACUUUCACAUCGCAAAGACCCUUACCUCGAGAUUUACCGCGUGAUUACAGGGCAAGCAAUAGUUAGUUACGAACAUGAAGUAAAGUGCUAGAUCCCUCAAAACAAACUUGAAAGAAGUGAUCAUUACAAGUAUACAUUUCUCUCAGUGUUAUUGUCGAUCUGAUUCCAAUUGAAGAAAGGCUAACGCUCAAAACUUCAGCUUUAGAAAUCCCUACGGUGGCCAAUCUACGUUAUCAACUCAGAUGAUAAAACCAAAUGAUCCUAUAAAAAUUUAUUUUCAAAGAUAAAAUCCUCAUAAAAUGGUGGUAAGAAAAAACGGUUAAAAUUGACAGGUAUGUAUUUAUAAACAUAAAUUAUACCUUUCCGUAAACAGAUGGACGCUUCCCACUUAGCUAUUUAAUCGAAAAGAGUGUUCUUUUCGGAAACUAAAUUAUUGUAUUUAUUACUUUAUAGUCAUAUUCAAAGCUGCUUGUGAAAUCACAAAGAUUAGCUUAAAUGAUUUACAUUUCAAAAGCUAGACACAGCCUCACGCUUUCCCUAUGAGAGUUUUAAAUCAGCGUCAUAUUUGGUUAUAUAGAAAUAAAUGAAAAAGAAAACCAUUGUCUGGAAAAUUUCUCCGAAACUUUCUCGAGACUUCUGAAUUAAUUAUUCGGUUUUAUAGACUGAGAAGAUGAUGUAAGUUGGCCUCUGUGGAUAGUUUCUAAGGCUGACGUUUCACUGUUAGGUCUUUGCUCUGACGAAGGGCUAACGCUGGGAACAUUUUCUCUUUAUAUAAUGCACAAAAAUACUCUUUGCGGUGACCAAUUUACAUUAUCAACCCAGCUGAUAAAACCAGAUUAUCCUGAAAUGCCUUUAUCGACGCAGCGCCACAUUUUCACCAGAACAGUACCCCCUUAAUUCAUUUAUGCAUAUAAUGUAUUAUAUUUCAUCUGACUUCAUUUUAUUUGUAAUGACAUUUCAGUUUGUAGCUCGGAUACAGGCAGAACAUAAUGGCUAAUUUCUAGGUUUUUUUUUCCUCAAGUUGGUCUCAUUUCGGGCGAAUUUCUGUAUUAAACCCCCCAAAGAAUCUUAUAUUAUGCUUUAUGAAAAAAGAAUCCUCUUACCCUCAGCAAGUUAAAAUGGUAAAUGUGAUGUAUUGCAAUAUUGAGAACAAUAAUUACUGCAAGUCUAAUUAAUAUGUUUGUUCCGAAAGGCGGGAAAUUCAUAUCGCAUCUUUUGAUUUUCUUUAUCAUAUAGAUAAUCGCUACCACGCGGCAAGCGAUGGAGUCCUCACUUUGUCCAAGUACAUUAAAAUGUUUGUUUUACAGCUGUUAAGUUCUUGAGAUAAUUCAAUAAUUGGAAUUAUAUAACCAUUCAUAAGGAACAAGUUGGGCAUUUUACCGCGUCCUUUUUUAAAGAGGGGAAGAGCAUUGAGGAAACAGGUUAGCAUAACUUCGCCUUAAGGUGUUCUCUGCGUAUCUAUAGGUAAUAUAGAAUCAUGGCAAUUUAAGAAUGCAACUAGGAUUAGUGAAUUCAUUGCGCAAUACACGUAAAUAAUUUUUUUCCUGUAUACUUUAAUUGCGGCCUUUUUAAGUUUCUGAUUAAAAAAAAAAUUCGAUGCGAAACAGCUAAAUCACUAAGACCUUGCCACCUAUUGUUAACUGUCUUAAACGAGCCUCUCUAAAGGCCGCACUUCUGGAAAUUUUGUUGAAAUCUCUGAAGAAAAGGAUUCCGCUUCUCGUCACUUCAAAUUACUUAGAAAAAGAGCAGGAGAAAAAAAGAGAUUAUGUUCCAGUUUUUGCUCCAAUUCGUUUUAGCAUGAAAAAAACUUGGGUCAUGCAUACCCUUUCCAUAUUUCAUCAAUAGCAAAAAGUCCUAGGUGUGUAGCUUUAAAAAAUUUAAUGCAAUCGCUGUAAGAGGGUUAACAUGUGAUAGAUUUUUUUUUGCAAAGAUUUUCAUCCUUUUGGGAGUAAAAAGGGAAAUGAUAAUAAUAAUAAUAAUAAUAAUAAUAAUAAUAAUAAUAAUAAUAAUAAUAAUAAAGCAACGUCAACAACAGUAAACCAGACCAAACAAAAUAAAAGUAAAAGAAAGAAACAGUUGAACAAUUGAAAACAGUAAGAAAACACCUAAACAGUAGAAGGAAAAAAAAAAGGCUUAGAAAAGUGACAGUGUUAAUCGUGACAGCAAACCUAGCUGAGACAAAACCUUUUAAUUUUUUGAUUUUUAAGGUUUUUCUUCCUCUGGGCGUUAUCUUAACCAAAACUGUAUUCUAUCUUAUCUUUCUGGAAAAGCGUUACACAAGUGAAGCUGAUCCGUAAGCUAAGUGAAUACUCUCUCGGCCAUCGCAAGACAAAGAAACAUUUAGAUCGAUGGUUUGAACUAAAUCACUGAGAACGCCAGAAGUACUUUGUGAUCAGUGUUGUUUAGACUAUUAUAUUUGCUUAGUAUAACAAAGCUUUGCGAUUCAAGCUAAGAUUAAGAUUAGGGCAAUCUAUUCAUUGUUUACUUAGUGGGCUGGCAAAUGACAAGAAACCUCAUGAGCAUUGAGUAUUUAAGUUUUUUAAAAAAAUACCACUCUUAAAGUUCUGUGGCAGAUCGGAUUUGACGCAAAGCGCAGUAGACUUCAGUAGACUUCAACUUUAAACAGUUCACUUUAAGCUGAUCGUUUACGGAAACAUGAUUCUUCUAUUCUCUCUAUCAGAAUUAAUUUUAAAAGGUUUGCUGUCAGCUGACAAGUUACCCACGAUCCACACCGACAUUUAACACCUGUCACCGUCUCUACGUUACCCUCAAGCCACGAUUUAAAGAAAGUAAAUCCCGCUACAAGGAAGAAAAUAUGAAUUUACUAGUCUUAUGCUCUGUAUUUCUCCUGUACUUUGGAUAUUACACAUGCUGUGCAGGUCUGUAAUGAAUCUUACUUCAGAUUUUUUUUUAAUCAAAUGCCUCUAAUUUGAUUCGAUUCAAAUCACUCGGAAACAGAACCAUCAGUGCUGCCUGUUUUGACAGAAUUGGGAAGUAAGCAUACUCUUCAAAAAAAAAAACACUGAUCCGGAAAUUGUUUUGCUGUUUCAUCCUGGGGUAAAUUAACUCUCUAAACUCUCUAUAGCCUGUGAGACGUUUCUUUUCGGCUGUUUUCUCCGUGAUUGUAUUGACUAUUUUAGAAUUUCGCUACGUUUCCUUUAAGCAUUUGAGAGCUAUCAUUUUCUUCUUCUGAGAAUUGAUAAAGCACAUUGCUAAAAAUUCUUAAGAAAUACAUGCUGCCCUGAGCUGAUGAACUCUAAGGUAUGGGUCCAACUUACUAACCACAGCUGGUUGAAACAUUUGCAUGACAAAAUUAUUCUUCCGACAGCUAGUCUGAAAUUCACUGAUUGUCAAUGGCUAACCUUCAAUUGCCAUGUUUCCGUUUCUCCUCCAUUUAGUAGGAGAUAGAGAAUUAUUGGUCUUUCCUUUUUUUUCUUUUUUUUGUAACUUGAGAAUAUUCGGCGGCAGUGCUAAGUUGCAUAUGCCAAUUUAUCCCAUUAAACAGAAGCAGUUAAAAUCUUACGAUUUUGUUUGCCUUCACGUGGACAGUUUAUUCAGAACGCGUAUGAAUAGCAAAGUCGGCUUACAAUAGAAUAGUGACAUUUUACAGACGCUGACAAAAGGACAACGCAGUAGGCAAAAGGAACCCUAAAAUUUGGGAAUCUGACAGUUUUCUGCUAUUAUACUUCCAGCCAUUUUUUUGAUUUAAAAAUUAAAGAUUCACUCGAAGCUAAAACCUGUGUCUGGAAUGGAAAAUAAAUAAAUAAUAAAAUAAACUAUUGAUCUCUUAAGAUCGAUGUGUGUCUUUUCACAGUUCAGAUUGUACAGUUACAGUUAAGACAGUAUUCUCGGUCUAUUCAUUUUCCAGAAUAAAGAAUUUUUAGUUUUCCUGAAAAAACAAGAAAGGGAAACGUGAAACCAAAAGAGAAAAAAAAAGGUAAUAAUAUGAUCUCCUUAUGUAAGUUGGUAAAAAAACAAGAGCAAUUCCAACGAGUUGCCAGUGAGCACUUUUCCAGUCGAGUGGAGAGAUCACGAAUGAUUUUUCUUUCUUCUUUUCCUCUCAGAUGCAUCUCAAUAUGUCAAGGUUGGCUGUUUUAGGGACAAGUUGAGUCCAAGAGCUAGGGCUCUUCCCGAACUAUUGGCAAAUUAUCGAGGAAAUAUCAAUUGGAACAAUCUGAUGGAAGUGGUUGAGAAAUGUGCAAAGAAAGCGAAAGAAAAGAAUUACAUGUAUUUCGCGUGAGUACUAGUCAGGGAUAUCACUUAUACCUGAGAGACCAUAGACUGCAGAAAAAUUUAAUCGCAAGAUGCAGGAGUAUUCUAUCCACAGUCUUCAAAGCUCAUAAAACAGAUGUAGCAUCCUUUCGAAUGGUUGUUUCAAACAAUCUUGUUCAGGGUUGUCAGCUUCCACGAAUUCUGAUUCUUUAGUUAAUUCAAAGCUUUUUUUGUCUUAGAAUUCAAUUCUACGGGGAGUGUUGGAGUGGUGCCACCGCUCCUAAGACAUACGACCGCUAUGGAAGAUCUUCUCCGUGUACGUCUAAAUCUGUAGUUGGUACAGCACUCACCAAUGUCGUCUACAGAUUUGCAGGAGAUGGUUCGUAGAAUAAUCGCCUCAUCGUUCUAUUUGUGUGUCAGUUUGUCUGUCUUUGGUUAGUGGGCCCUUUAAUAACCAGUCCUAUUAUUAUGUGUUACCGUAAUUUAAUUAGAUUCGUCGAUGUUCAUGCAUUAUUAGCACUGAAGGUGAGAACACUCCAUUGAAGAGUCAAGUAUUCUUUCCUUUCUGCAGAACAAGAGUGCGUCAAAUACGAGGAACUAAACAAAGUUGAUCGCUCGGAGUCAUCACGCCUAAUCAGUGGAACUUCUCCUGCCUGCGAUAAGGAACUCAAGCCUGGGUGGUACCGUUUCCAAAAACCCGCUGGGAAUCUAAUGGCUUCUAAGUGUCUUCCGUCGGCGAGAUGUGGAACAGUGGUUACGGGAUGGCUGAGCUCCUCACAUCCAAAAAUGACUGAUGGCAUUGUUAAUGGGAAAGUAUGCUACAGUUGGAAAUCAGACUGCUGUAAAUGGGAUCAAGACAUCAAGCUUAGAAACUGCGGUAGAUUCUAUGUCUAUAAAUUAGCGGGUACACAGGCUUGUCCCAUGGGCUUUUGUGGAAGUGCAGCAUCGGGUAAGUUUUACGAUUAAAGACUGUUCAUAUUUUCUCGUGCCCACAUCACCUCAUGUCAUAUUUGUGCAAAUAUCUGAUAUCAUACUCAGGUUUCAAGUUGGAGCUGAGACAAGAUCAGAAGUCAAGUAUUUGUCGGUUUAUGGAGGUCCCACCACAUUGCAAGUUCGCCCACUACCUCAUUUGCGAGUUCUCUCUCUGAAACGAAACAUGUCCGCCCCCACCUUUACCAAUUUCCUCCGCCCUCCAUUACUAAUGCGUCAAUUCAUUUCCUUAACGCAGAACAUAUUCCUUUUCGAAAUCAUAACAUGUUCCAAUCUACAAAUUACUCAUUCUGAAAGGUCACUGGGUGAUACACUCUUUAUCUUUAAUAAAGUCCUAACAGCGAGGUCCCACAUUAGUGCUAAAUAAAUCUAACAUACUUAAUGGUCAAAGUACUUUAAAGUUUUUCAUAGAAAACUGACUUUUAUCCCGUUUUUUUCUAUUUAUAUCGGCAGUUUAACGGUGUUUGAAGACCUAGGACGCUUUGACACAAGGAAAAGAGUGGAGGCUAAGUCGAGCGUGAAUUUUAUUCCAGUGUUAGGGUUUCAAUUGUCAAAAGAUAUUGAAAUCAUGAAAUAAAAAAAAAAAGGUGUGCG